AUGGGUAGCACUGGAAACGCUAUCGAACUCCCGCGCCUCAUUCCUGAGAACCACCAGUGGGUGCCCUCAAUGGAUGCCCCUAAUAAAGUGGAGCGCCGAGGAGUAGGAUGCGAGUCUAUCGUUGGAAUGCAACAUAGCAACAUCAAUGGACAAUACGAUCUUUACCUCAAUCUUACCCUACGAACCGCCGAUACCCCCACAGCGACAAGCUUAACCCUCUCAAAACUGAAAACAAAGCUCGAAGCAGCGCUCGUAAGAGUCCGUUUUGACCACCCUGAGUGCGCAACCACAGCACGAUGGGAUGACCAAGUCGCCCCCAUUAUCCAGUACCAGUCUCCCCGGAGUCAAGAAGAGGCUCUUGCAUGGGCACAGGAUACCAUUUAUAUCCGGCUUACAUCGAAGAACGGAUUCCAACUUCGAGAUGAUAUUCAGGAAUACCGCCACAUUCAUGGAACAAGCGGGAAACCCUCGAGAGCAGUUGACAUUUAUCUGUUGGCGGACGUGGAGACGGUGACGACACAGCUCCAACCGGGCACACCGAUCGAUGUCCUCAUGCACAUGAACCAUCUUUUCUGGGAUGGUAUCAGCGCGCGUUAUUUCACUGGUGACCUUCUCCGUGCCUUGAGCCAGACCAUCGAUGCUGCCAAUCAGCCAACAUAUCCCUGGGGUAAUGAAAUCAAGAACCUCAGUGUGCCACUUCUUGAUGCCUUGAAGAUCGACCUGAGAACAGCAGGAACAGAGUUCAAGGCUGCCUGCGACCAAUACGUCAAUGAUAUGUACCAGAACUAUGGAGGACGUGGCCUCCCUUUCAAGAAAGGAACCGGCCUCCCUCGCACCGGCUUCCACACUUUCACCCCUACCGAAAGCAAAGCCCUCAUCUACGCAAUCAAAACCCGCCUUGGAUCCAAAUACACAAUCUCCCAUCUAGCCCAAGCCGCAGUAAUCGUUGCACUUCUAGAAGCCAACCCUCCAUCCGAUCUCGACGACGAGAGCAUCUUCGUCACACCGAUGCCCGUGAACGGCCGUCGCUGGCUCCGGGAUGAUAUCGGCAAGAAGUACUAUAGUAUCUGUGAAACAGGCGCGAUCAUCCGCUGCGAGAAUAUCAAGUCCUUACUCAUCAACCGCGACGAUAAACGGGAAACCAUCAUCGCAGCCCUCACACAAGCAUGCGAAGACGUCAAGAAGUCAUUUGACCGCGCACUCAGCAAUCCUUACCAACAGCCGAUCGGCAUGGCGGUGCACAUGCUCGAGGCAUCCUUUUUGACUCAAAACCCGAUGCCCUUCGACAAAGUAGCCUCACCGUUAUUUAUUAGCGAUGGAAAGAACGAGCGCUUUCUCCCCGAACAAGUCACUUCCAGCAACGGCGACGCAGUCUUAACAGUCGAUAACUUUUAUUUUUUCCUGAACCAAUUCUUACCUUACCUUGCAAUCCGACUCGAGAGCUGGAGAGAAGCCUCAACCCUCUCGGUCUGCUAUAAUGAUGGAAAUUAUACUAAUGAAGAAGCUAUGGCCUAUCUUGACUCAGUGGCACACUGGAUGUUAGCUUUUGUUUGA